GUUUCAAGUGGCUAUCUGGUUGUGGCUUUUGUUUAUGUGACUGAAUUUGUUGGCAUUAAAGCACGAACCUGGGCUUCUAUGCAUGUCCAUGCUUUUUUUGCUAUGGGAAUAAUGGUUGUGGCACUCGUGGGAUUUUUGGUUCGGACCUGGUGGGUCUAUCAGAUAUUUCUCUCCAUAGCCACUCUUCCCUUUGUCUUGUGCUGCUGGAUGCUCCCAGAAACACCUUUUUGGCUCCUGUCAGAGGAAAGAUAUGAAGAUGCACAAAAAGUAAUUAAUAUAAUGGCAAGAUGGAAUAAAGUAAGCACUCCCUGCAAAGUUUCUGAACUGUGCUCAGUCCAACAAGAUGAUCUAGUCAGUGGCAGAACAGGUGACAAUGACACUUCCUCAACAAAGAAGCACAACAUCUUAGACCUGUUUUGUAACUGGCACAUUGCAAGAAGGACCAUCACAGUCUGGCUGAUCUGGUUCACUGGGAGCUUGGGGUACUACGUCUUCUCCCUCAGUUCUGUCAGUCUAGGAGGCAAUGAAUAUUUAAAUCUCUUUCUCAUAGGUGCUGUGGAGUUGCCUUGCUAUAUCAUUGCUUGCAUUGGGAUGGACAAACUGGGAAGGAGAAACACACUCAUUCCGUUCCUUAUUUUAAGUGCACUGAUCUGUGUUUUAAUUAUGUUCAUACCUCAGGAUUUCAAUAUAUUAAUUAUCUUAGCAAAUAUGGCUGGAAAAUUUUCAAUAGGUGUGGCAUUUGGCCUUAUAUAUCUCUACACAGCAGAACUGUACCCAACAAUUGUAAGAUCGCUUGCUGUUGGAAGUGGAAGCAUGAUGUGCCGUGCAGGAAGUGUGGUUGCUCCUUUCUGUGUAUAUCUGAGAAGCGUUUGGAUUUUCAUGCCACUUUUGCUUGUUGGAGUCAUGGCUCUUCUGAGUGGAAUAUUAACAAUAAUGCUUCCAGAGACACUGGGAAAACCGUUGACUAAUACUUUGGCAGAAGCUACAGAAAUGGGAAGAAACGAGAAAAGCUGUUCAGGAAAGAAUCCUCCAGCACACAGUGGUGCAGCAUUAGAAAAGAUAGAGAUGUUUGGUCAAGAAACAGUCAGCACCGAGAAAUAAAGCAACAGCAAAAUGGCUGUUCCAAAUUCAAUCAUUAUCUGAUUUAUAAGAUAUUUUUAUUCAAGAAAUGUGACUGUUCUAU